AUGCAGCUCUACCAGACGCCACCAGCAUCAGUUUCGCGGCGACUGCAGGCGAAGGUGGCAUCGACACUGCGCAUGCAGAUAUGGGAUGGCAAGACAUGGCAGAAGCUUGCAGACAUCCCCAAGCCGCCCCUGUGGGAGAUUGAUAACUUCGGCCGGCCGUUCGUUUUCAAGCCUCCUCUGGAAGCCAUGGGGCUCGUGACCACCACCAGGCCCCCAGAGCAGCAGCAGGAGGCCGAGGAGGACUUUCUGAACCGGUUCGGGAUCAGCCUUCCGGCCCUGGUAUCCAUCUGUCUGGGUGUUGGUCCGAUCCUGGCCAGUCCUCGGACGCUGAAUAUCUUCCGCAUGAAUGCGCCCGAGCGCAGCGGGACGGCAGUUGGGCUCUGCAUGGAUGCGAAGAAGAUGAAGCAGUUGGACAGCAUCUUGAAGAUGAAGCGGGAGGUGAAGAGCUUGGAAAGCCAAGUCCAGGAGCACGCGACCGCGACGGACGAUUGGGGCAUGUCACACAAGGUGCAAAGCGAAGAGCAGAGAAUGCUCGAGCGACAGCUGGAUCGCAAGCGAAAGCAGCAAGCCAAGAUGGAAAGAACUGCCGAAUCAGGUGAGCAAAAGGAAGUCAAGAAAGAAGAACAAGUGCAAAGGAAAAGAGCAGACGACGAGCGAUAUCGUCGCAUGAAGGAGGCCUACCGGCCCAAGACCAUCGCCGUGGACGGCGUGGCGCUGCGAGCCCCGGAGUCGGUGUCACGGCUUCAAGGAAUCGACGUGCUCCUCGAGCUGGGUUUCGAGCCGGAAGCACUGGAGGCUUUCUCCAUGCCAGGCAUGGACGCCGACGGAAACCUCGUGGCAGCACCCGAAGAUGAGGACGAGGAGGAGGCUGUGGAAAAUGAGGACGAGGCUGGUCCUCCGCCGCCUCCGGAUGAUGAGGCGUCAGAAGAAGCUUUUGACCUGGCUGCCCUCCAGGAAGCGGCUCGGAACGCCAAGUUCGACGAUGCGGCGUUGCGGACGCCGGCCAAUCUCUGCUCCGUGACAGCACGCCCGCCGCUGGACGAGGCUCCAAACAUUGCCAGGGAGGGCGCCGGCCUCAAGCGCCGAGGGGCCAUGGCAGGUCCCAAGGAGGGCCAGCCCAUGGACGCAGAGCUGCUAAAGCGCGCUCAGCGAAAGGCUGCUGGCCUCAAGGUGGACAAGUGGAUCGGACCCGGCUCAGAGCCCAGCUCAUCAAGGCCAGACACUUCCCGCAGCCAAGCGAGCAACGCGCAGCUGCUCGACUGGGAUGCACUGGACGUGGACAAGGAGGCGCUGAAAAAGGAGAAGCUUCCAGUCUGCAAGUGCAGCGACCUUGGCGAAGCAGCGGCUCCGAGCCAUCACAGAAGGCGGGCACUGUAUAAGGCCCUCAAGAGGCGGCCACCGCCAAGCGCCUCGAGUCAGAGUCAGCCAGGUGGCAAGAAGGACGCAGCAGCUGCGGCGGAGUCCGACGACUCGCAGGACGAGGACAUCGAGGUGAAGCUGGGGCGAGCUGCUGCACCCGUGGCAGAGGGUGCCCUCAUGAGCGUCUUCAUCAAGAAGGAGCCGACCAAGGCCACGCAGGCCCGUGAGGUGCAGGAGCCGGCAGAGCCCGAGGAGCUGGCGCUGCCCGUUGUCCCCGAGGCUAGCAGCGCGGCGGGAUCGCAGCAGGCGUAUCAGGGAAAGGCAGCCCCUGGUCAAGGGAUGGCUGAAGCCUCCUGUGCACCAAGUUUCAGGUGCACGCCGGCAUGCCAGUCCGCCCUCGCGGGCUUGGCACCCCACGACGAGACAUGCUUGCUGGGGAGGUUUAUCGGAGCUCCCUGGAUGAUGACGCUGACCAAAGAUGGCUUGCCAUGGGGCCGCUUCCACUCGACGAAGCCGCACUACCGAACCCCGGAGGAGAAGGCAGAAGCCGUCAAGUCGCAGAAGCAGAUGGGCUUCUUCCAGCGGAUGUUUGGAGGCGGCGGGGACGAAGCCGACGACCUCGAGGUGGUGGAAGAGCCUGGGGCCGGAGCUCCAUCGAAGCCUACGAGCCCCUGUGGCGCGCGCUCGGGCUUAGACAGGCAAGCCGCAAAGCCGGAAGAUUCCAAAAUGCUCCCGGAUCCAUUGGAGUUCGCUGGGGUGGCUACAAUGGUGGCCAUGCUGGCAUGCCGUGCAGAGCGCUGGGAGCUCGGUGCCGAAGCGCGGCAAUUUCCGGGUGUCGUGAUGCCCGACAAGCAUUGCGCGACUCUACUUGAUUUCCAAUCCAGGCCCCGAAGCAUUAUCGCUGAGGGAGUGCGGAGCGAUGGGCAGUCAUCUCAGUCAGACAGCCUUAGUGAAGCUGUUUUUUCUCCAGUGCAACGGUUCUCGCUCACGCUAUCUACCGCUAGGCUUCUAUAG